AUGUCGUCUAGUUCCUCCAAGAGACGCAAGUCAAAGAAGGGUUCGACUUCCACCGCCAUGUCUCAAAAAGAUUGCAUGAAAUUUAUGGCUAAGCAAUUUGCUAAAGUCCUACCCGACAUCGUUAGCAAGAUUCAAACCGAUUCACCGCAUGGCUCUGUUGACUCAAAGGCAGACAAACCCAAACCGACCUUCCAGUUUAAGCAAUUCAUGGCUUCUUCAAAUGCCCCUGUGCGAGCAUGCUACAAGUGCGGCGACCUCAGUCAUCUCGCCAAUGUUUGUCCCCAACGCUAUCAACCUCAACAACAGCAGCAACUACAGCAACCGCAACAACCACCACCUCAGCAACAACAAGCUCAGCAACCUGCUAGAGGCCGAGCUUUUGUCAUCACCGCUGCUCAGGCUCAAAACGCAAACGACGUCAUUACCGGUACGUUUCUUGUGAACCAUAUUUACGCUUCUUGUCUAUUUGAUACUGGCGCCGAUAAGAGUUUUGUGUCGCUAGAAUUCGAGCAAUUGCUUAAGUGUAAACGCUCUAAGUUGCCAAAAUCUUUCGCUGUCGAAGUCGCUAAUGGUAAAUCCGUCACUGUUGAUUCCCAUGAGUCUAGAGAUGAGUUGGAAGCAGCCUUGGAGGGAGCUUCCAUGGCGAACAAAACAGUGAUCAUCGCGGUUGUGAACCGAGCUUACACCAAGGGGGACAAACCUAUGUUUGAUAUAUUCUUAGACGGGUUUUGGCUAGGAGAAGAUACAAGGCAAUUGACUAACCAUCUUUUAAUCGUGGCAGUUGAUCAAACCGCGUUUGAACGGUGCAUGUUUCUUAGAUUACAUUGUUACUGGCUGAAAACCGAUGGCGAUGACUUUGUGGAUGAGAAGGUUUACAUGUCAGAAGAUUUCAUAAAGAUGAUGUGGCUAAGAACCCGUUUUCUUGGGGAUGUUCUCCGGCGUGGAUACAACUUUAUUUUCACAGAUACAGAUGUUUUGUGGCUCAGGAAUCCAUUUCCAAGGCUAACCCUAAACGAAACUGUUGAUCUUCAAAUAAGCGUCGAUCGGUUUAAUGGCGAUCAAUGGUCACAAACGAAUCCGUUAAACACUGGUUUCUACAUGAUCAAAUCCAACAACAAGACAAUUGCAUUGUUCGAUGAGUGGUAUAUGCAAAGAAACACCUCAGUUGGAAUGAAAGAACAAGAUGUUCUUGUUGAGCUAAUGCAUAAAGGAGUUUUUAAAAGGUUGGGACUUGGGGUUAGAUUUUUGGACACCAUAUAUUUCAGUGGAUUUUGUGAAGAUAGUAGAGAUAUUAACGUUGUUUCAACUGUUCAUGCAAAUUGUUGCCGGACUAUUAGAGCGAAAGUCAAUGAUUUGAUCAACGUUGUUCAUGAUUGGAAGAGAUUUAGAGAUCCAUCAGACAAUAAAACAAUGGAUUUUAUAUGGUCUAAUCACUUAGCAUGCCAAAAUUCAUGGACUUAGUGAGUUAUU